CCCCCAACCAACCUUGUGUGGUAUUAACGAGACAAUAGAUAAGAAGCCGCACAUAUAACAGUGAUAAGAGAAUACUGUGACAUAUCACGUGGAUAUAUAUAUAUAUAUACAUCAUCAUAGAACAUAUACCAAAUACGAACAGAGAUCACAGGAAGGCAACCAUUUUACGAAAAUAAAAAUAUGGAUAAAUAUCUAUUUCAAUCGUUGUUGACAAAUGUCGACCCAAAUCAAUUUGCAUCGCACAAGUACUUGACCGUGACUGGUGUUGGAAUUGACCGUCGACCCACGGUGGAAGAAGGCGUGGCUCAUUUAUUGUUUCUUAAGGUGCUUGGGGAGCAUAAAAAAGCUAUCCUCCAUGGAGUACAGGAAGAUCAACAGAUAAAAUCUUGGCAGAUAUAUGUAACGAAUGCUGUUAGGCGCUUUAUUGUGUUUGUGAGUGCAUUCCUGAAACUGAUAGUGAAUUAUAAUUUGACGGAACAAGAGUAUGCUGAAAUAAUUUCGGAUCUUGAUUUUCGGGAGAGAUACAAUGCUCUACAACAUUUGCUACCACCACUUGACAUUUUAAUGGUUUGGCAUUCCUUUUUAUUAAAUCCAAAACUGUUUUAUGAUUUUUGCGCUAGAAAUAAUAUUUUAAAAUUUGCAUAUUUUCCUUUCCCCUUACUUCGUGUCACAGAGGCAAUUGAUAAAGGUACUUUUAAAUACCAACCAGGAAAGUCUGAUGUUAACGGGUUUAAUGUCUUGACUAGAAGGUAUGGGGUUGAGUUAGAUUUUGAACCUUCGAUUGAGUUGGUUUUGCUGACAAAGGUAGAUGUCUUUUGUGCAGUGUGUGGACAGUGUUUAGCCUCAACUCCUUACACAAAUGAAUCACUAAGUGGGUUUGCAGAUGAAGGGUUUUCAGUUGAACCUCUUCAAUGUCCCUGCAAUUUUACAGAUAAGCUUACACAUGAUCAAUUAAGAAGGAGAGAACUUUAUUCUGAUAUAAUUAGUCAAGUUCAACUACCCUAUCUUUCUGCAUACUACUCAAAUAUUGUAAGCAAGACAAAAUAUGAAGAUGAGAAGGUUGCUGAAGUUGAUAUGGCGAUUAAAAUGGAUAUUGAGAAACAAAGCUACCUUCUCAAGGAAGAAUAUUCGUUGCUUUCUGUAUUUACUAAUCUCAUACUGACAUCAGAAACUAAGAAUGUUAUCAAGAAUUACACCUUAAUGAAUCUUAUCCAUCGAACUAUUCCUAAAAAGGAUGUUGUUUUAGUUUCAGAAGACCUUGUUGGAUGUGUUUUCCGACAAGAAAGAUUUGUUGAGAAAAUGAAUGAAAUCGAUUGGUUAAGAUCACAUCUUGUUUUAGAUACCAUGAAGGAAUCAUGUAAGAGAUAUGGUAAGUUUUUCAACCUAUUAUUUGAUUUUCGUUUCAGGCAAAUGCUUGUACCCACAUUGGAUAUUGAUUUGUUUUGGCAUACCCAUCAACUAUCGGUUGUUUUUUAUUUCAAUUCUUGCAAAUACAGUAAAUAUGGAAUAAUUGAUCAUAAUGAUAAGAUAGAUGAAUCAAAACUUUCAAUAAGUUUUGUUAGAACUCAAAAGCUCUACAAGAGACAGUACGGAGAUGAAUAUUCAUUAUGCUUUUGUUGGUAUUGUGUGAGAACAAGGUCGAUUGCUAAAUCGAAAUUAAAGAAGCUCUUUGGUAACUUUAAAUCAGAAUCCAAGAAGAAAAAAUUUAGCAACCUGUCCUUAUUUUCUGAAAAUGGAGAUUCGAAUCUCACUCACAUUUCAGCCCAUAAUAGCAUAUUUUGGCAGAGCCAUCAAGCCACACAGAGUAGAGAAAACAUGGAGAAGCGAUUCAAAGUUGGACCUUCUCGUGACUUCCCUUGGAGAGAUAACCUGAUGGCAUACUAUUAUACUGGGGGGUUAUUUGUAUUUGCACCAUAUUCCCCCGUAUCACUAGCAUGUGCAAGUGUUUGGGGUGCAGGAACGUGUUGUACAGUGGGUGAUGGCGGAAAUGCUCCUGGAGCUGCUGGAGGUGGGGGAGGAGGAGGUGGAAAUUGUGGAUCAAAUUGUGGGGGACACGGAAAUUGUGGAUCAACUUGUGGAGCAGCAGGAGGAUUUGGCGGUGGAUGUGGAGGAGGAGGAGGAGGAGGAGGAUGUGGAGGAGGAGGAGGAUGUGGAGGAGGAGGAUGUGGUGGAGGAGGAGGAGGAGGAUGUGGAGGAGGAGGUAAUUAA